UAUAUAUAAAAAGGACAGGAGGCAGCAUUCCAUCUCUCUUUAGUCUGGUGACAAAAACCCAACGUCAUACUGGUGAGAUAGACGAAAUACACUAUUUCAAAAGUUAGCAAUCAACCUUUGAGAUAAGUAAGUGAAUCUGAGAUCAGUUUUAACUCUAGAGAACAAUUUCACUGUAAUUCGAAGCCGCCCUGCUUACUGAUCGUUGACAAAGAAUUUAACGUUUGUUGAUCCUGAGGUUAAUAAAUUUCUUUGCCUCCAAUCUUUCCUUUACUUUUAGGCAAAAGAAGGGAUAAGAUAAGUUACACAUUUACCUAAUCUGUGAACGGGGACAUUCGGGCGUUGUGUUUUUCUUUAGCUAAAAAUAACUAAGACAAAGUGCUAAUUAUGAUAAAGCGCCGCACUUAUUCGUCCGUGCAGCGCAGAGGAUCCUUCACUGAUUUCCAAAUCAAUGAAAUCCAAUACUUGUGAACAUGUGUAGACUUUUGAAUUUUAUCCCUUCUCUCAUCUGAAUCAAGCACGAUCAUCGAUUUAUGGUCAAAUUUCAACCCGCUGGACUAAGAAUCGAAAGUUUUCCCACGUUUCAAAAAAUUUCUCUCAGAAAUUUCCUUAUUCGCUAACCGCUCGUCUUUUUUAUUUCAUUCAGGACUAAUUUAAAACCAUGUGGCUUCGUUUUCUUCUGUUGGCUGUUGUAGCAGUAGAAGGAGGUAAAACAGAAGCAACUCGUCCAGUUUAACGUUACAUUUCUUUUCGUCUUCCCAAGUAAUAAUUUUAUUCUACAUUGCAGCCCGACAUCGAAGAAACAGAGGACGUUUCAGAGGUAGUAAGAGCAAAGAAAAAAUUGACUAUUGACUCUUCAUACAAAUAGGUUCAGUUUAAAAUAGGCUUUUUGGAAUAAUAUCUAUAUCGAUCUAUCAAAAUAUCGCUCAAAACCCUGCUCAGAAAUUCAAGGUGUUCGGAAUCUACUCCUUUAUCGCAGAACAAUUACUAACCAUACGUCUACGAGUUACAUUCAUAUAUGCCAAGGAAAAAUUUUAAAAUACUCGUGAAGCCUCGAGGGUGAUGUGAUAUGAAAUUAAAGUAAAUUUGAAUAAAAUGGAAACCUUUUUUUGAAACAAAAAGGUUCGACUUUCAUUACGCAUCUGCUCCAGAAACUGCCACUGCUUUUGUCACAGCUAAUACUUUUGUUUCUAGCACUUGCUUUACACCAACACUGAUACUGCUAUUAUUUUUAUCUUAUUGCACCAGAACUACUCAAAACUGUUAUUGAAUUAUUCUCUUGACGGCUUGUAACUCAAGAGUUUAUUUCGCGUUCUUUCUAAAGGGCGUAUGACUUCUACGAGAGAAGUUCCACCAUUGGGGGCAGGAACUCUCAGGGGAAGGGCAGUAGUCCCUGUUGAAGGGGGAGGUAUGUCGUAGAUCGUUUCUUCUCUUAUGUUCAUUAACAAAUUUUCAGUGUUUUUUCAGUUGUACCUUUUAAGUCAUAAAAUUUCGACUGCCACUUGGCCUUUCUGAAGCUUUAUGAAAUAUGAUAACUGCGCUCAUGACCCUCCAAAAUGAUUGCGAGUUUCGAUAGUGAAGCUUAGAAAAACAAAGGAAUCGAACUGAAACAUUUGAUAUACCCAUAAAUUUAAGGAGGUUUUUACAAUGUCUUCCCCUUUUCUUUGUUUCUCUUUUCAGUUAUUUGUCAUUGAAAGGCCACCUCCGUUAACGAGCAAUAUGAGGCGAAUCCUAAAGUUUUGAUUGGCCAUCCGAGUGUGACUAUCUUCCUUUUUAAUUCCGCAGAAGAAAAUUACACGACGAGUUCCCUAAAUUCACCGUGCCACCCUUUUGUUUUAGCCAUGUAGGAAACCUCAAAAUUAUAAUCUUGUUCGUUCAAGAAGGCUGAUUACUGACCGACUUGCUUUUUACUAACCAAGACAAAGUAGUGGUUCAAAAAUCCGCAAUCACCUUCACCUUAUAUUCAUCAAAGGGGUACUAUUUAUUGAUUGUUUCAGAGGUGGGCCAAGAUUCUCAAUUAACUAUCUCUGGCACUGGAACAAUAAAAAAAAACGGCGCAACCAGAUUAAAUCUACAAGUUGACAUAGAAGGACCGGUAGGACAAAUUGGUGGGCAGGGAACGGCAGCUGAAGGACCUGAUGAGGGGCUGGGAGGAGGGGUAGAACCCGAAGGAGGAGGUGUUAAUGGUCCAUCAAAAGAAAUGGGUGGCCAACCAAAACCUCUUGGAUUAUUGGGCCUGGCAGCAAAAGUUGGAAGCAUAGCAUUGAAGGGAGGAAAGGCAGGAAAGGUAGCAAGUAAGGUAAUUGGAACAGCAAGUAAGAUAGCUGGCAUAUCUGGAAAGAAAGGAAGCAGCACACGCGUAGGAAGCGUGACAGGUGGUCUUGGAGGAGGCGCAGUCAGUCCACUAGGAGGAACAGGGGGCAAAUCAGGAGGUCAAGCAGGGGUAGCAGGAGGGCUAGGUGGCACAGCAGGCGGGUUAGGAGCCCCAGGAGGCGCAGUUAGCACAACAGGAGGGCUGGGAGGCGCAGUUGGCACAACAGGAGGGCUGGGAGGCACAGGAGGAGGUUUAGGAGCGCCUGUGGGAGGGUUAGGAGCCCCAGUGGGAGGGUUAGGAGCCCCAGUAGGAGGGUUAGGAGCCCCCGAGGGAGGGCUGGGAGCCCCAGUAGGAGGGUUAGGAGCACCAGAAGGAGGGUUAGGAGCCCCAGAAGGAGGGUUAGGAGCCCCAGAGGGAGGGUUAGGAGCCCCAGAAGGAGGGUUAGGGGCCCCAGUGGGAGGAUUAGGAGCCCCAGAAGGAGGGUUAGGAGCCCCAGAAGGAGGUUUAGGAGCCCCAGUCGGAGGAUUAGGAGCCCCAGAAGGAGGGUUAGGAGCCCCAGAAGGUGGUUUAGGAGCCCCAGUGGGAGGAUUAGGAGCCCCAGAAGGAGGGUUAGGAGCCCCAGAGGGAGGUUUAGGAGCCCCAGUGGGAGGGUUAGGAGCCCCAGAAGGAGGAGUAGGAGGUUCGGAAGGAGGAUUUGGAGCAGGAAUACCUGCUACUGGUCUUACUGCAGGUGGCCAACAAGGAGGGGCAUUCCCGGCAGGAGGCCUAGCAGGAGAAACUGGUGAGCUGUUUUGCUCUAUAUUCUGACUUUUUGCAUUCACUUAUCUUUAAUAAAUACAAUGACGGAAUUACCGUUACUAAUGGUAUAAAAUUACUGAUAAUAGAAAACAUGGUUUGGUUUGAUGACAUAGAAUCGGAAUCUAUUUAAUCUUUCGAAUUCUAAGGCGAAAAAUCAAAGUUUCCGUAAACUCUGGAAAGUGUAGGUCUUAAAGGCAGCUAAUUACUUUUGUUGACUUUCUUCUUUCCAUUUCAGCUCCUCCGGUCAAGGACGCCUGGAAGACUAAAAAGACUGGAUUUAAAAAGCAGCGAGGCGAGGACCUUGGGCUGUUAAACAGCAAAAAGAAAGGUCACAUUUCCCAUCACAAGCAUGGUUAAUUGUUUAUUUUGCUAGGCUCGAAACAUUGUUAUGUAGUGUAGUGCGAUAAAAUAA